AUGCAUCAAAACAAAGGAUACAAAAGAUACAACAGUUUCAGAGGAAACAAUAGAUACAAAAGAGCUAUAGGGCGCUUACGACACGACAUCAACCAGCUGCAACUGCAGCAGCAGCAACAGCAGCAGCAGAUAUCAAAAUCGGCUCACGGAUCAUUCGACCCUUUGUACGACUACUCCUCAACUUCGAUCCAGCAGCAGCAACAUUUGACAGACGAAAGGAAGUACCCCCUACUACAAUCGACCGACGGCGGGCGACUAGCGACGUAUUAUCCGACGAUACCGACACCGACCGACAACCUCAACGAAUACGCCACCAUGAGACUGCUACAAAAUGAACAACUGAUCGCUAAUCCCAACCGGGCCCGGAAGUACAAUCAAGAUGGCGUCUUUCCCGGAGAGCCGGCUGGGAUGAUGGUGGUGGCAAAUCAAACGGGCGCUCCUUGCGGCAAUUAUCGCUACCCCCCACGAACCAUGGUGUCGACGUUCCUGACGACCAGUGAUGUGCCGUACACUUUCGGUAAGAACAUCUCUCAAGACGGAACUAAUUACAAGAACGAUCACAUCUACGAGUCUCCGGAUAUCGUUAAAAAGGAAGUCGACAAACUCGUUCAAAAAUCUUCAUUCCAGGUUCCUCCUCCUCCUCCUUCUCAGGCUUCUUCCGCUCUAAAAACACGCCCUCAAUUUCCGGUUGGUGUUCAUGACGUGGCAAAAAGAAAUGAUGACGUCAGCUGUGGCGUAGGUGCGUUCAGAUCAUCAGCACGCAAAAUGGAACACCAGACGAGUUUGGUGAGCAACGACAAUGAGGGCGGAGUGGUCGGUGAUUGACAUUCCAACGUUGGCGAACUCCACUACAUAUUACAUCAUGUUUUAUAAACUUAGUCAAAACUUUUUGUUAUUUUUUUGUAUAAAAUUUGAAUUAUUUAUAAAACGAUUACGAUAAUUUUUAAAUUUAAAUGUGAAAAAAUAGUUAACUUGUCUUAAACUUUAAUAUGAAAAGUCUGAAAUUAUGUACAGCACUUCUUUUUUGGUGAAACAAACAGUUGAUGAGUUGUUGUAUCUGUUGCUCUGAAAGGCUCUAAAAAUUUAAAUAUUGAUUAUCGCAUUCCCCUUAAACGUGUAUUGUCGAUAAUUUGUAUUAAAAUGUUAAAAUGACAUUCAAAUAUUCAACUAAAUCGAUGUUCUUAUUAAUAUUUUAUUCAUCGCUUUCAAAUCGUUCGAAAAGAAUAUCUAAUUUUUUGUAACUUCAUUGUAUGUCGACUUUCUAAACAUUGUAUGUGUCUGUGUGUGUCUGUUUGUAUGCGUGCGUGUACGUGCAUGUCUGUUAAUAAAACGUUUGUAUAUAUUUUUAGAAGUUCUCUUUUAUUUUCGACUUAAAACUUACACGGAAUAAUAUUUGAAAAUAAAAUAAAUGAUAAAGAAUGAAA